AUGGCUGUCGAAGCCGCUCCCGCUUCGCCCGUUCCCAUCCCGGAGCUGACCAAGAUCACUUCCGAUGCCUGCGAUGCUGCGCUAAAGAAUGCCACCGAGUACGAGCACGGCCAGGUCGGCAACUGGAACUCAGAAAUCAUCAACACCGUCCUGAAGUCCCUCAUUUCUUCCACCGCCCCCUCCGACUCCACCAAGCCUGCGCCCUACCGCUUCACCGUGAACAGCACCAUCGUGCAGCAGGGGGUGAUCGAUAAGACCGCGGCUGCGGACGGCACACAGAGCAAUGCCGGCAAGCGCGGCAUGCACUCUGCCUCCGGCGCCUUCUGGGAUGUCAACCGCGAUGGCAUGUGGACGUUCAAGUACCCCGGCGCCGAGGAGCGGGGGCUGGAUGUUGUCGUUAGCGUGACGUGGUUUGCUGUGAACUAA